AUGGAUGAGCAAACCAAUGAUCAGGUUCAAGCAGUUCGUCAAGACGUUGAAGGAUUGAAAGAUCAAUUGGCAAAGAUCUUAGAACUGCUCACUACUGGAAGAGGAAAAAGUGUUACGGGGAUUUCAUCACAAGUGGAAGUAGAUCUGAACCAGGUGCUAGAAGACAUGCCUGCAUACCCUCCAGGUUUUACUCCGCAAAGGUCGUCUAGUCCUCGCAUGACUUAUCCUACACAAAAUCCUAAUCCGAUCACCCAACAGGAAAACCAUGCGAGUGAUCCAAUGUCUACUCCAAUUACAGAAAGUGGUAAGAAAAUUUCAGAAGAGCAGGGUAGUAGAAAAAGACUGGAAUUUCUAGAAGAAAGAUUACGCGCCAUUGAAAGUGCAGACAUGUAUGGGAGUAUCGACGCAACACAACUAUGUUUGAUAUCAGAUGUGGUGAUCCCUCCCAAAUUCAAGACUCCAGAUUUUGAGAAGUACAAUGGAACCACGUGCCCAAAAAGUCAUCUAGUUAUGUACUGUCGGAAAAUGUCAGCUUACGCUCAUGAUGAUAAAUUGUUGAUUCAUUGCUUCCAAGAUAGCUUAGUCGGCCCGGCUUCUCGCUGGUACAUGCAAUUGGAUGGUUCACAAGUGCAUAGGUGGAAGGAUCUUGCUGAUUCUUUUUUAAAACAAUAUAAGUGCAACAUUGAUAUGGCACCCGAUCGUCUGGAUCUUCAGAGAAUGGAAAAAAAGAAUGUUGAAACUUUUAAGGAAUAUGCACAACGAUGGAGAGAGUUAGCUGCACAAGUGCGACCUCCCUUGACCGACAAAGAAUUGAUGGCUAUGUUCAUAAACACUCUUCGGGCCCCAUAUUAUGAUAGAAUGGUUGGAAGUGUUUCAACUAAUUUCUCAAACGUCAUAACCAUUGGGGAGAGGAUUGAAUUUGGAGUGAAUAAUGGAAGGAUCUCUGAUCCCGCUUCAGAGAUAAGAAGAAUGAUGACCCCAAAGAAAAAAGAAGAAGAAAUACAUGAGUUGAGCUCGACUCAAAGAGUAGUGCAUGUAUCCCCACCAACUGUGGGGCAGACAAAUUACUCCUAUAGUUAUCAGAAUGGAGGUAAAAGCCCAUUCAGUCAGGCAACUCAGAGAAAUGCAAGGAACAGUUGGAAGCAAACCUAUUUUGAUCCCAUACCUAUGUCAUAUACAGAGCUUUUGCCUCAACUUUUAAAGAGUCAUCAAGUGGCUAUCGUACCACAAGAGCCUUUGCAACCACCAUAUCCUAAGUGGUAUGACCCCAACGUAAAAUGUGAAUAUCAUGCUGGGGUAGUUGGACAUUCUACAGAGAACUGUUUUCCUUUGAAAACUAAAGUGCAAAGUCUAGUCAAGGCCGGAUGGUUGAAAUUCAAGAAGAUAGAAGAAGAGUCUGACGUUAACCAGAACCCUUUACCGAAUCAUGAGGGUCCCGCCAUAAAUAUUGUUGACACAUUCACGGAAAGAUACAAGAAUAAGGUGUGUGAUGUGACUACUUCAAUGAAUACACUUUUCCAAAUCCUUCGUAGAGCUGGAUAUUUGUCACCAAGGUUUAACAAUGAUGAGGGGGAGAAGUUUGGAUGCGCCAACGAGAAGCAGUGUUUAUUCCACCCUGAGAUAGAUGACCAUUUCAUUGAAGAUUGUUGUGAGUUCAAGAAUGAGGUACAAAAGUUGAUGGAUGCAAAGAUUCUCUUGGUAGGACAAAUGAGCAUGCAAGAAAUCGAGGUUGAUAUGAUUAUUGAUAAGGAAACUUCAAAUGAUACCUCAAUUACGGUUAUCUCCAAGAAUACUAUUUCGCCUAAUCUAUUGGUUUCUCAGUUUCCACCAAAAUUUGAGUUGAACAAUUGGGAGAUCAAGAGGACGCUAAAAGUCUCUAAAGGAUCACAAAAGUAA